CCGUGUGGUCGCCCUCGUCCCCGGACGUCUCUGCCGUCCUCCGGCCCGCUGCUGCCCACUCUCCCUCGGCUCGCGGGGCCAGCGGCGCGGCUUUCCGCGACGGGAGCCCUCCAGGGACAUGGCAGCCACGGCGGCGCCGGCCGGCGGCGCUCGAAACGGGGCAGGCCCGGAAUGGGCAGGGUUCGAAGAAAACAUGCAGGGCGCGGGCUCGGCCGUGAUCGACAUGGAGAACAUGGAUGACACCUCGGGCUCCAGCUUUGAGGACAUGGGCGAGCUGCAUCAGCGCCUGCGCGAGGAAGAAGUGGACGCCGAUGCGGCCGCCGCGGAGGAAGAAGAGGGCGAGUUCUUGGGCAUGAAGGGCUUCAAGGGACAGCUGAGCCGGCAAGUGGCUGACCAGAUGUGGCAGGCGGGGAAGAGACAAGCUUCCAGAGCAUUCAGCCUGUACGCCAACAUCGACAUCCUGAGACCUUACUUCGAUGUGGAGCCCGCCCAGGUGCGCAGCAGGCUCCUGGAGUCCAUGAUCCCCAUCAAGAUGGUCAACUUCCCCCAGAAAAUCGCCGGUGAGCUCUACGGCCCUCUCAUGCUGGUCUUCACACUAGUCGCCAUCCUCCUCCAUGGGAUGAAGACAUCUGACACCAUCAUUCGGGAGGGCACCCUAAUGGGCACCGCCAUUGGCACCUGCUUCGGCUAUUGGCUGGGUGUCUCGUCUUUCAUUUACUUCCUUGCCUACCUGUGCAACGCCCAGAUCACCAUGUUGCAGAUGUUGGCACUGCUGGGCUACGGCCUCUUCGGGCACUGCAUUGUCCUGUUCAUCACCUACAACAUCCACCUGCAUGCCCUCUUCUACCUCUUCUGGCUGCUGGUUGGGGGGCUGUCCACCCUGCGCAUGGUGGCAGUGUUGGUGUCCCGGACAGUGGGUCCCACCCAGCGGUUACUCCUCUGUGGCACCCUGGCAGCCCUGCACAUGCUCUUCCUGCUGUAUCUGCAUUUUGCCUACCAUAAAGUGGUGGAGGGCAUCCUGGACACACUGGAGGGCCCCAAUGUCCCACCCAUCCAGAGAGUCCCCAGGGACAUCCCUGAUGCUCUGCCUGCGGCCAAGCUUCCUGUUGCUGUGCUCAACGCCACAGCCAAGGCCGUGGCUGUGACCCUGCAGUCACAGUGACCCUGACCGCAGUCCUUGGCCAGCUGGUUCUCCUCUGGACGUGGAGUGGAGGAAGAUGAAAGAACGGCACCGAUGACACAUGUCUUUUUGAUGGGCUGUGCAGCUGCUGCUGAAGCCGGAGCUGCCCAAGUACCCCCCUGACACUUGGCAGGGCUUCUGGAGGGCACAAGGCUGGGCACUUCUGGCCAGGACUGCCAGGCCAUGCAUCCAGUGCAUUAAGUGGGGCAGCCCCUCCAAGGCCCUCCCCACCCACUCCACCUCCCUCCUCAGUGCUCCCACUUUGUUCUGCUAAAUAUAGACUGGUAAUUAAAACACUGAUUAAAGUCUGGAACUGUGGCUGCCA